CGAGCAAACUGAGUACAGAAACGAGCUGGCAGCAAACAGCAGAAGUAGUCCGGUUAGUAGUAAAUGUAAAUGUAGGUCUAUGUAGUUAAUGUAGUUAAUAAAGGCUGCAGCUUCUCAAGAUCAAGUGGAGCUCCUGUGUGUUGCUUUCCAACUGCUGGUAAAGGUGAAGGGGGCUAACCCCGAAGUGAGCAGCAUCAACUUCCGCCCUGGAGCUAGCCAAAUCUCCCCGGUGCUCUCUGACUACGGCCGGGGAGCUGAAGCAGGAACCGUUAACACUGAUUUCUUUUCACUGGUGAUGCAGAAUCACUUCUAAAGGAGUUCGGUGUGUUUUUGACUACUUGAUGAGACCAGACCGCAGCUCAGAGGAAAAAGCUUAAAAGACCAGCCCACCGUCUCUCCAGCUAUAUGUCCAUGAGCAGUGACGGAGCAAUGGAUCAUCCUACAUUUAAAAAAAGACACCGUUCUGAUGAACAGAGCACGUUUCUCUCCUCAGAAGAGGAUAUGGAGGAGGACGAUGCAACAGAUGAUUGUCAUAUCGUCCCCUCUUCAGACCAUCGGAAAAAGUUGAGAAGAGAAGCUUCUCCUGCACCGAGCUCUGUGUCCAUGAGGAGUGAGAGGUCAAAGAACAUACCUCUGUUAUUCAGAGAUGGCUUGGUGUCCAUGACCAAUGACUGGAUGCUGAAUCCAUUUUUUCCAAUUGAUCAAAGGAAAAAGUUGAGAAGAGAAGCUUCUCCUGCACCGAGCUCUGUGUCCAUGAGGAGUGACCAGUCAAAGGAAAUACCUCUGUUAUUCAGAGAUGGACGCUGCUCUGCUGAUCAGAGAGUGAAGAGACCAGGUUCCCCUGAACUCAGUGGUGUGUCCCAGAGGAGUGAGAGGUCAAAAGGUCACCUCACCGAUGUCAGAAAAAGACCCUCUUCUGAUAAAAAAAAGAAAAAGUUGAGAAGAGAAGCUUCUCCUGCACUGAGCUCUGUGUCCAUGAGGAGUGAGAGGUCAAAAGGUCACAGCAUCAAUUUCAGAAAAAGACCCUCCUCUCAUAAAAAGAAGAAAAAGUUGAGAAGAGAAGCUUCUCCUGCACCGAGCUCUGUGUCCAUGAGGAGUGAGAGGUCAAAAGGUCACAGCAUCAAUUUCAGAAAAAGACCCUCUUCUGAUAAAAAGAAAAUUAACCGAGGUGGUCAGUCUGCCCUGCUGAAUCAAAUGGACCUGGACGUUGUAUUUACGCUGCUUGAGAAGAACAUUGUCACUUUUGUGAAGCACGAGCUGAAGAUGCUGCAGAGGUUUCUGACACCAGAUUAUGCAGAAUCUGUCGAGGGGCAGAGGAACGAUGAGGAAGUGAUGCACAAUGAGGAGCAAGAGCAGAGGAGGAGCACCUCAGAGGCAUUUCUGAAGAUCACACUGCACUACCUGAGGAGAAUGAAGCAGGAGGCGCUGGCUGACGUUCUGCAGAGCAAAUGGCCUGCUGCCAAUUGCCAGCGUAAAGUCAAAUCUAAUCUGAAGAAGAAGUUCAGUUGUUUGUUUGAGGGGAUCGCAAAAGCAGGAAACCAAACCCUUCUGAAUCAGAUCUACACAGAGCUCUACAUCACAGAGGGAGGGACUGGAAAGGUCAGUGAUGAACAUGAGGUCAGACAGAUUGAAGCAGCAUCCAGGAAACCAGACAGACCAGAAACAACAAUCAAAAGUCAAGACAUCUUUAAACGCACAGCUGGAAGAGAUAAACCUGCACGAGUACUGUUGACUACGGGAGUGGCUGGUAUUGGGAAAACAGUCUUAACACAGAAGUUCACUCUGGACUGGGCUGAAGACAAAGCCAACCGCAAUAUACAGUUCACAUUCCCGUUCACUUUCAGAGAGCUGAAUCUGCUGAAGGAGAAAAAGUUCAGCCUGGUGGAACUUGUUCAUCACUUCUUUACUGAGACCAAAGAAGCAGGAAUCUGCAGGUUUGAAGAGUUCCAGGUCGUGUUCAUCUUCGACGGUCUGGACGAGUGUCGACCUCCUCUGGACUUCCACAACACUGAGAUCCUGACUGAUGUCACAGAGUCCACCUCAGUGCACGUGCUGCUGACAAACCUCAUCAGGGGGAAACUGCUUCCCUCCGCCCGCCUCUGGAUAACCACACGACCUGCAGCAGCCAAUCAGAUCCCUCCUGAGUGUGUUGACAUGGUGACAGAGGUCAGAGGGUUCACUGACAGACAGAAGGAGGACUACUUCAGCAAGAGGUUCAGAGAGGUUCAGGAGCAGGCCAACACAAUAAUUUCCCACAUCAAGACCUCACGAAGCCUCCACAUCAUGUGCCACAUCCCAGUCUUCUGCUGGAUCACUGCUACAGUUCUGGAGGAGGUGUUGAAAACCAGAGAGGGAGGAGAGCUGCCCAAGACCCUGACUGAGAUGUACAUCCACUUCCUGGUGGUUCAGACCAAACUGAAGAACGUCAAGUAUGAUGGAAGAGAUGAGACGGAUCCACACUGGGGUCCAAAAAACAGGGAGAUGAUUGAGUCUCUGGGAAAACUGGCUUUUGAGCAGCUGCAGAAAGGAAACCUGAUCUUCUACGAAUCAGACCUGACGGAGUGUGGCAUCGAUAUCAGAGCAGCCUCGGUGUACUCGGGAGUGUUCACACAGAUCUUUAAAGAGGAGAGAGGCCUGUACCAGGACAAGGUGUUCUGUUUCAUCCAUCUGAGUGUUCAGGAGUUUCUGGCUGCUCUUCAUGUCCAUCUGACCUUCAUCAACUCCGGGGUGAAUCUCUUUUCAGAAGAAGAAACAACCCAUGUAAAAUCUGACCUAACGUGCCUUCACCAGCGUGCAGUGAACAAAGCCUUAGAGAGUCCAAAUGGACACCUGGACUUGUUAAUCCGCUUCCUACUGGGCCUGUCUCUGCAGACCAAUCAGAUUCUUCUACGAGGCCUCGUGACAGGAUCAGGUGGGAGACCACAGACCAAUCAGGAAACGAUUGAGUACAUCAAGAAGAAGACUGGGGAGAAAGCCUCUGCAGAGAGAAACAUCAAUCUGUUCUACUGUCUGAAUGAACUGAACGAUCACUCUCUAGAGCAGGAGAUCCAACAGUACCUGAGUUCAGGAAGACUUUCCAGAGAAAACCUCUCUCCUGCUCAGUGGUCAGCUCUGGUCUUCAUUUUACUAUCAUCAGGACAAGAUCUGGAUGUGUUUGACCUGAAGAAAUACUCUGCUUCAGACCUGGGUCUCCUGAGGCUGCUGCCAGUGGUCAAAGCCUCCAAAAAAUCUGUGAUGAGUGGCUGUAACCUAUCACACAGAAGUUGUGAAGCUCUGACCUCAGUUCUCACCUGCCAGUCUUCUAUUCUGAAAGAGCUGGACCUGAGUUACAACAACCUGCAGGAUUCAGGAGUGAAGCAGGUCUCAGCUGCUCUGCAGUGUUCAGAUUGUAGACUGGAAACUCUCAGGUUGAGUGGCUGUGAGCUCACAAAGAAGAGCUACAAAGCUCUGGCCUCAGUUCUCAGCUCCAAGUCGUCCAGCCUGAAGGUGCUGGACCUGAGUGACAACUGCAUGCUUGAAUCAGACAUGAAGCUCCUCUCUGUUGAACUGAAGAGUCCACACUGUAAACUGGAAACUCUCAGACUGAACCAAUCCAGCUUCUCGGAGCAAUCCUGUCAAAACCUCUCAUCCGUUCUGAGCUCACAGUCUUGUAGUCUGAGAGAACUUGACCUGAGUAACAAUGACCUGCAGGAUUCAGGAGUGAAGCGGCUCGCUGUUGGACUGGGAAGUCAACACUGUAAACUGGAAACUCUCAGGUUGUCAGGAUGUCGGAUCACAGAGGAAGGCUGUUCUUCUCUGGCCUCAGCUCUGACGUCCAACCCCUCGCACCUUAGAGAGCUGGACCUGAGCUACAAUCAUCCGGGAGACUCAGGAGGGAAUCUGCUCUCUGAUGGACUGGAGAAUCCACAAUGGAAACUGGAAAAACUCCGGCUGGACCAUUGUGGAGAAGAAAUGCUGAAACCAGGUCUGAAAAAAUAUGCAUGUGAACUCACUCUGGACCCCAACACAGCGCACAGAAACCUCAAACUGUCUGAAAACAACAGAUCGGUGAUGAAGAUGGACGACGCCAUGACAUACUCUGAUCACCCAGAUAGAUUUAACUGCUGCCAGCUGCUGUGUAGAGAGAGUCUGAGCGGCCGCUGUUACUGGGAGGUCGAGUGGGAAGGGCUGCUUGAUAUAGCAGUGACUUACAGAGGAAUACGAAGAGGGAACAUGGCUGACUGCAGGUUUGGAGGGAAUGACAAGUCCUGGAGUCUGUACUGCUCCGAUGGUAAUUACUCGGUGUGGCACAACAACCGAGAAACUGUCAUACACCCACCUCCCUCCUCUGUCUUUAGCAGAGUAGCAUUACAUCUCGACUGGCCUGCUGGCACUCUGUCCUUCUAUGGCGUCUCUUCUGACAAACUGAUCCACCUCCACACCUUCAGCUGCACAUUCACUGAACCUCUCUACCCUGGGUUUGGAGUAGGGACCUCAGUGUCUCUGUGUGAGAUGUAAGGAGUUGUUUUUUAACUCAGGCAGUCACCCACCCCACUGCUGCAUCCCCACACAUGUAAAACACACACUGUUGAUGUGGCAUACAGAGCCAUCAGUGAGUAGAUAUACCUACGUUAUUAUUUUUAUUAUUUACAUGUUUAACAUAAUUUCCAUUUAGUACAGCUCAUGUUCAGAGUGUGGUUAAAAUUGUCUGUGUUUUAUGAUAAGGAAAGGUUGGUUUAUUGUUUGAAAAAUGUAGCAUCAUCUAGCAGUAUGUAUCUAACUCCGACUAGCAGGAAGAGCGCGUUCGCUACACUGUGUUCGGGGACAAGGGAAAUCUCGCGUGAACACGUUCAGAGAACGAGAACACAUACUUGAGUGUGAAAUUACUGUGUGUGUGUGGCGAACGGUGAUGUUAAAAGACAUGUUUGCUCUUUACAGGUAAGAAGGGAGAGUUAGAAUCGUGUAAGUGAGGGGUGAAUAUGUUGUGUCGUAGUUUAUGGUCCCGGUUGCGUUAUAUGUAGUAUUGUUUAUGAACGUUACUUGGUCAGCGAAAGUAACGUACCGAAAACGGCUGUUGGGACUGGUUGCUUAGUUACCUCAAGCGAGUCGGAGGAUGGAGAGUAAAACUAGGAGCCGGUCUAAAGAGCCCGGACUGCUCGUGUCUAGUUCAGAAAUAAAUACAUAAAUAACUUAAAAUAGAUACAUGGUUGAUUUGAUUAAUUUGACAAUGUUUGGUAUACAUGAUUGGCUGACUGUGUAUUUGAAAAACAAGUUGAUAUUGAUUGUACAUGAUGAAAAUGGUCUUGAAUAGCAAUACAACGGACGUGAUUUAUUGUUUGGACGUUAGUGUAGAUGUUCAUCAUUUUUCUGUGUUCGAAUGUCAAACACGUUCAGAGAACGAGAACACACACUUGAGUGUGAAAUUACUGUGUGUGUGUGGCGAACGGUGAUGGUAAAAUACAUAUGUUUGCUCUUUACAGGACAAAAUAAACACUUUUCAAAUUAAAUGUGUAGUGGAGGGCAGCUUCACUCUGCACCACGCUACAUUGAUGCAUUUUGUGUCAUAAAUGCCACCCCUCUUUCUGAGUGUCAUAAAUUAUUCAGACCAGACCGUUUGUGUGCCAGUUGUUCCUUAUUCAUUUAAAGCUCUUGCGCUUACUGCCUUUGGUCCUUUUUUCCUGUUUGUGUUUUUCAAAUCUCCACAGGAUGACUUUUUUUAAAGCCAGGUUGAAAGCUGUUGAAAUAAGUGCAUUUGAUUAAAGCAUUAAAAUGAAUUUUAUUUCUAUUGUUAGAGACAGACUAGAAUUCAAACUUGGGAUGGUUGGGAGUGUGAAUGGGGGACGGAGGGUGGUAAGGGAAAAAAUAAGUACGAUUGUAAUUUGUAGCAUCACCAAGUGACCCUACACCCUUACACCUUAUAUUAUGUGUGGAAAAUUUGUAGGUUAUAUGAAUUUUUCAUAGUCUUGCCAAACUAUUUCCUAAAUCCUGUAUCUUCCAAGUUAAACCAUUCCAUGUUUAAUUCUGUAUGUUUACU